UGUCCUCUCCCUCCUCCCCUCCCACCUCUGCCCCCCAGUCAAUCCUCAGCCUCCAGUCACUCCAGUCGCAUCAGCCCAGGACAGCCACCACCAAUGUGGGAGCUCCAGCAGCCCUCCGUCAGGAUGGUCACCCGACUACUACUGCUAACCUCCGUACUCCUCUCCACCUGCCAAGUGGCGGAAUCGCAGGCAUUGUUCACAGGUGUCACCCUGACUCUCGAGCCCAGCAACGACGUCUCCCAGGGUACCAACGUGACGGUACGCUGCCAGGCCGUGGUCAGCAGCUCUGGGUUCCUGAACCGUAAAUACACCAUCUACAAGGACAACGCCGAGGUGCACACGGAGAGCAUCACCACCGCAGAGGACCUAAUCUACUCUCUGCGCAUGGCCAGAGUGGCCAACACUGGGAAGUACAAAUGCAAGGUGAACAUACAGGACAAGGAGCUAAGCAGCAACUCUGAGAAACUGACUGUGACAGGCCUGCAGACGCCAGUCCUCAGCGUCGACAAGCGUGUGUUCAGCGAGGGAGAGGAGGUGACUGUUUGGUGUAAGGCCCCUGAGGAGUCCGGCAAUAUCGUCUUCUACUUCUACAAGGAUUCCAAAGAGCUCUAUGAGGAGAUGGUCAACGCCAACCAGGUGGAGACUAGGCUGCGAUUCAACAACGCUGGCGACCACAGGCUACACUGUGACUACAGGGUCAUACUGCUGCCAGACUCGGUCCCGUCCACUGCCAGCAACAAUGUGGUGGUCACUGUAAAAGAGCUGUUCAUCACACCUGUAAUCUCUGUCCGACCACACGGAUCAAUGAUCAUCGAAGGGGACAUUCUGGACAUCUCCUGCAGUGUCAGUGGUAACCUCCAGAACAGCUCCAGGCUCAAAGUCUACCUGAACAAGGGACAGAAUCUGCUGAGUACUGGUCAAAGUAAAGCCAACCACAGCAUAAGAGCCCUGGCCGAGCACUCUGGGGAGUUUCAGUGCACUUUGGAGAUGGGAAAUGUAGUCAAGCAAGUGACGGAAAACGUGACGAUUACAGAACUGUUUUCCCAGCCAGUUCUGACCAUGUAUCCGACAGAGGUCUUUGAAAAGGAGAAAUUCACGUUAACCUGCAGGAGUACCAACUACUCCUCUGACAGAAUCAGCGCUUCGGAUGUGAAGUACUCCAUUUACAAGGACAAUUACACACUGACACCGGGCAGCUUCAAUGGGAUAUAUGUUGUCCCCGGGGUGGUACGGAACUCGAGUGGGAUUUAUUCAUGUAAAGCAGAUGCCAGGAUGAUCUCCAAGUACAGUGCAAAGCUGCCUGUCCAUGCAAAAGUUCUUGUCAGUAAACCGGAGUUAACGGCCAUUGGCAGAGUGGUUGUGGGAAAGCCCUUCCAGGUGCGCUGUCACUCAGACCGAGGCAGCCUACCCAUCGAGUACACCUUGUGGAAGAAGUAUUCUGAGGUUAACUCGACCACCGUGCAGCAGCCGCACCAUCAGGCCAUCUUCCCUAUCACCGUCCAGCACUACAGCGACAUGCAGGACUAUAAAUGCGAGGCGCGGAACAACCCCAAAAUCGACGCGGUGGUCAGCAACAAACUCAACACCACAGUCAUAGUGCCUCUGUCCAAUCCAGGACUCAGCGUCGUCCCAGAUCUGUUGGAGGUCACAGAGGGAAAUGAGAUGUACCUGAUCUGUGGGGUGGAAGGUUCCCCGCCCGUCACCUUUAAGUGGUACCGACGUGGGAACAACCAGCCGCUGUUCACCAUCACCUCAAUCCAAUCCAGCGAGUCCCUCCAGAUCAAAGGAUUGGGGAACGAGCACAGUGGCACCUACUACUGCGAGGCUAUCAACUACGCUAACAUGGUCCGGAGUCAGCCAGUCACCGUAGAUGUGAAGAUGGCAAUGUGGAAGAAAGGUUUGAUCGUGGCCUGCUGUCUGCUAGUGGUGGCUGUCCUAGUCCUCGCCUGCGUGCUGCGCUACAAUUCCAAGAGAGGUAAAAGAGAGAACGCAGCUGAACUGUCAGUAAAGCCUUCGAGCCCUAAAUCAGAUGACUCUCUAACAGUGAGUCUUACCCACAGCACUAUGGAGGUUUAUAACCCACCCGAAGACGCAGCGCCACCCUUUGACGGCAUGGAGGGGAGAGCGACCAAUGGGACGCGAGAUAGUGUGGCAUCACUUCCUGCUGGCAUCAGCAACAGGAGCAGCUACAGUCUCCCAGCAACAGUGUAGAGAAAUCCCACAGAGGGAGGGACUUUUUUGGUUUGAACAAAAAAAAGAACAAACAUUUUGCACCACUUGGUUGAAUAAAGGGAUAUAUGGGAUGAAAACCAAGGAUAACAAUUGGAACAAUGGCUCAAACAAACAAAAUCCCCACUGACAUUUUAGAGAGGGAAGAAUGGCCAAAAAUGUCUUCCUUUUGAGAAAAUAUGACUUAUUUGUUAUGUGUUGUAGAUGUAAUAUCAGAGGGUACAGGUGUAGUGGACUCAAGAUGGCUGACACCAAGGGACUUGUUGCCAACAUCAGUCCCAGUGACAGACAGCUGAACUGGCCCUAUUGCUCCCUCUCCUCUCCUGCUGCUGUCUGGAAGAGCUGUACUUUCCUGUCAUUAUCAACAUACUGUCUUUGUCCUGUGUUCUCACCUCACUCUGCCUGUCUGACUGCAUGUCUAUCGAAUGAUGGAACUAGCCCAUUUGUCUAAUAGUCUGUUUGUCCAAAACCAAUGUGUGCAUGUCUAAAUGCAUAGACCUGAUGCUGUAUAUACAGUACACUAGACAAUCAUCAAUAGAAAUGUGUGUAUAUAUUUUUGGUUUGGUUAAUUGAUUGAUUUUGAAGAAGCACUUCUAGAAUAAAACAUUUUUUUUUUUA